AUGCCGGCCAAUGGCGAGGCGGCUGACGGCCCGCCACCUGUCCGCGGCGAGGGCGGGCGGCGGCGGGGAGGCGUCGCACUCCAUGGUAACGACGCCGGCCCGAAGAUGGCGGCCGCUGGGUCUGGAGGAGCGGGCGGACCGGGACCAGGGCCGCGAGGCCGCUGGGGCGGCUGCCUGUGGAUGCGAGGCGUCCUGCUCGUGCUGGGCGGGCUCCCGGCCGGUGCCGGGGCUGCUCCCGUCUCCCUGGGCACUUCGCCUCCGUGUCGCCAUCACGUCCUUUCGGACACUGAGGUCAUAAGUAAGGUCCAUCUUAAGACAAAUCAUGUCACAAAGAGAGAUGCUGACGGGCAUUUACGAAUCAAGACUGUCUACGACCAGAGCAUUGAAGAGUUGCUCCCUGAGAAAAGAUAUCUUGUAAAGAACAAACUUUUCCCACAAGCUAUUUCUUAUUUAGAGAAAACAUUUCAGGUUCGAAGACCUGCUGGCAGGAUCUUACUUAGCAGACAAUGUGCGACAAACCAGUACCUACGGAAGGAAAACGAUCCACACAGAUACUGUACUGGAGAGUGUGCGGUGCAUACCAAGUGCGGGCCCAUUACAGUGCCGGAGGAGCACCUCCAGCAAUGCAGGGUCUGCCGAGAGGGUAAGUGGCCGUGUGGAGCAGUGGGUGUGCUCGACCCAGAGGGCGUGCGGGAUGCAGACUUCGUCCUUUACGUGGGUGCUCUGGCCACGGAGAGAUGCAGCCAUGAAAACAUCAUCUCGUACGCAGCCUAUUGUCAGCAGGAGGCAAAAAUGGACAGGCCCAUAGCAGGAUAUGCUAACCUGUGUCCAAAUAUGAUCUCCACCCAGCCCCAAGAGUUUAUCGGGAUGCUGUCCACAGUGAAGCACGAGAUCAUUCAUGCCCUGGGCUUCUCGGCUGGGCUUUUUGCAUUCUACCAUGAUCAAGAUGGAAACCCCCUGACUUCAAGGUCUGCAGAUGGCCUCCCACCCUUCAACUAUAGUCUGGGCUUGUAUCAGUGGAGUGAUAAAGUGGUUCGGAAAGUAGAGAGAUUGUGGAAUGUUCGAGAUAAUAAGAUAGUUCGCCACACUGUGUAUCUCCUAGUCACACCGCGUGUUGUUGAAGAAGCUCGGAAGCAUUUUAACUGUCCGGUUCUCGAGGGCAUGGAGCUUGAAAACCAAGGUGGGAUGGGCACGGAGCUGAACCACUGGGAGAAGCGCUUGCUCGAGAAUGAAGCAAUGACUGGUUCUCACACCCAGAACAGAGUUCUGUCUCGGAUCACGCUGGCGUUAAUGGAGGACACUGGCUGGUACAAAGCCAAUUACAGCAUGGCUGAGAAGCUCGACUGGGGCCGAGGAAUGGGCUGUGAAUUCGUCAGGAAGAGCUGUAAAUUCUGGAUUGACCAGCACAGGCAAAAGAGGCAGGUGCCGAGCCCGUACUGUGACACACUCAGGAGUAACCCCCUGCAGUUGACCUGCAGACAGGACCAGAGAGCCGUCGCUGUGUGUAACCUGCAGAGAUUUCCUAACCCCUUACCACCCGAGUACCAGUACUUUGAUGAGCUCAGUGGGAUAUCUGCCGAGGAUCUGCCUUACUAUGGAGGGUCAGUAGAAAUCGCUGACUAUUGUCCUUUCAGUCAGGAAUUCAGCUGGCAUUUAAGUGGCGAGUACCAGCGAAGCUCCGACUGUAGAAUCCUGGAAAACCAACCAGAGCUGUUUAAGAACUACGGGGCAGAGCAGUAUGGGCCGCACUCAGUCUGUCUGCUUCAGAAGUCAGCGUUCGUCAUGGAGCAGUGCGAGAGGAAGCUUAGUUACCCGGACUGGGGGAGCGGCUGCUACCAGGUUUCUUGUUCUCCUCAAGGUCUAAAGGUUUGGGUUCAAGACACUUCCUAUCUGUGUAGCCGGGCGGGGCAGGUGCUCCCAGUCCGAAUUCAGAUGAACGGCUGGAUUCACAAUGGAAACCUGCUGUGCCCUUCGUGCUGGGACUUCUGUGAGCAGUGUCCACCAGAAACAGACCCUCCAGCUUCCAACCUGACUCGAGCCCUUCCUCUGGAUCUCUGCUCCUGUUCUUCUAGCCUGGUGGUCACCCUUUGGCUCCUCCUCGGCAAUCUGUUCCCCCUGCUGGCGGGAUUCCUUCUCUGUGUGUGGCACUAGGAGCGGGAAAGUGAAGUCUCAAGACGCCGGUUUUGUCAUGUUCCCAUGAGCAAAGCACAGGACCUGGGUGAGCAGCAGCCCACGGGGUGCCAUUCCCAACUCUGGCUUGGAAGCUCUCCACAGUGGAACUGUGAAGAGUGGGCCACCCAGUGUGACUGCUCCGCGGCAGCCACUCCUUACCAGCCACACAGUCACCUGGAGUGUGGAGAGGAACUACCCCAUGGCUCUGUAAUUCAUGGACCUGCAAUCUCCCGGCAGGUCUCCUUUAACGCCGGGUGGAUGGUGGGAUUUGCCGCAAUCACAUACCUCAGCUUUUGCAUUCACCUACGGUCCAUGAGCAUCAAGGUCAAUCAGAGAGCCGCUGAUGGCCCAGUCCAGAGUUCGAGUUGAGGAUCCCAUCCUCCACAGUAUGAAACUGGUCCUCAGGAUUUCAGACCUCCCGCCACCACUGCACCUGUUUUAAAUGAAUGUCUGGUUACGAUACCCUCAAAUCAUCCCUCCUUCCAUUCCGCUAAAGCGGCUGACUUGACUGUGUUUGCCUUUUCUGGCAGCUCGCCGAGCGGUUGUCAGUGUGUUGUUAGCCCUCUGCGCCUGAUCAGCCUGCUCCGUGUGAGCUGAGUGUCCACUUGCUUUCCUCGUUAAUUUCAUAGCAACUUGGAAAACCGCGGGAGAGCAUGAAGUACAGUGUGCGGUCAGGGCAGUGUGCGGUCAGGGGGUUGAAGUCGUGCAAACAGAAGGUGGCGCGAUUGUGCUUCAGGUAAUAUUUACAAAACCGGGAAUCCAUCAAAGCCCAACUUAUCCUUUCUGGCCUAUGGAAAGUUUAAAGGUUUAGACGUGGACAGGCAUGCCUUCGCUUCCAAGAGGACUGGGCUGUUAGAGAAUUCCUGCAAAAUCACAAAGUUAUUUCAUAGACAGGAAGAAAAAACUGAAGACAAAAUCAUCUGAAUUGUUUCCUAACAGCGAAGUAUAGGUUUGGGGUCCAGCCUGCCCACCGGCCCAUCUGGACUCCGUUACAGUGCUUGUAUAUUACCUCUGUUUACAUGUCUGUUUCCUCCCGUGUCUGAUACUUCCUGUACCAUACAGAUUCUGUGAAGCAAUCCUCCUGCACCAGAGCUUACCAACCCUCUAGUACCUUAACGUUGACACUCUUUAAUGAAAAGUGAUACCCUGUUUUUCUCCCUAAAGAUAAUCAAUUAUUGUAGUGUUAUAAACAGCCUGUGGACCAGCAAGAUGGCUCAGUAGGUAAAGGCACUUGCCACCAAACCUAAAGGCCUGAGUUUGACAACUGGAGAUCCCAUGGGAGAAGAAAGGGACUGACUCCUGAAAGUUGUCCUCUCACCUACACACAUGCACACAUGCACAAGUAAAUGUAGAACAGUUUUUAAAAUGAAACAUGACAUUUAGACACACUGAUCUUUCCUCUGUUCCAUUCAGCAUAUAGUUAUUGUGUGUUCUAGUUAAGACAUUUACAAGUAAAGUGGAACAUGGUGGCCCGAAAUCCCAACACUUGGGAAGGAGAGCAGAAGGAUCAUGAGUUCAAGGGCAUCCUCAGCUACGUAGGGAAAUUCACUUAGAGGCCAGGAUUGGCUACAUGAAACACUUGGAGAUAGGCAGGAGAAAGGAUUGUGUGAGGGGACAGAAUACUGUGGUAUAAACGCUGACCCUAACAAGCUGUGGCACCGCAGCGGGGCCUCAGUCUCAGAAUAAGGAAAGUCACCUUCUUUUUAAAGGCAGAAAUUUGAAAUAUGAACCUGCACGCAGUAUAAGUUGGAGGUAUUUAUCACUGUGCAAAGCUGAGGCUCCUAAACUCAGCCAACUGCAGCUAAAGGCCACUGUCUGCAGAGCAGGACAUGGUGCUUUGCCAGCGUUCUGCCCUCCUUAAGUUGUACAGAGUCAGAGAGAAGUAUGUUUUUAAAGAUAUAUACAAUAUGCUGGGCAUGAUGACACACACCUUUAAUCCUAGCACCUGGGAGACAAGAUAGUAGAUAUCUGAGUCUAAGACCAGCCUGGUCUACAAAACAAAUUCCAGACCAGCCAGGGCCACAUAGUGAGAGGAACCUGUCUAAAAAGAAAAAAGAAAUUCACAUUAAAUCUUCAUACCUAUGAUGAUUAUGAAUUAUCCUACAAAAUGUAUAAAGAAUUUCACCAAAAAUAACAGUGGAGUGUAUUGAGAGUCUGUGAUAGGUCUGACGACAUUUGGACUGUGUGCAGUAGUGCCAUUUAGGUAGUAGUGUUUCCAAGCAUGGUGCUUUUUAUACUUGAGAUAUAUUUUUGCUUUAUUUUUUAAUUAAUAUUGUAUUUGCACU